ACAUCGUUUUUAAUGCACUCUGCUGUACCUCCUCCACAGCAGAGGAUCCAUCCCCGUCGCCCACUGUCACGAAGCUUCUUUUAUUUUUGUGAUUUUUAGCUUAAUCAUUAAGAAAAGCACAAAACUAUACAUAUUUCAGACUAGGUCUUCCUUUCAAGUUGCAGAGCUGCUUGUUGCUAGCACAUUAAUGGAGGGAAAGGGGAAAGGACGGGCAAUUGGGAUCGAUUUAGGGACGACGUAUUCGUGUGUGGCGGCAUGGCAGCACGACCGCAUUGAGAUUAUACCCAACGAUCAGGGCAACCGCACCACGCCGUCUUAUGUGGCUUUUACCGACUCCCAUCGACUUAUCGGCGAUGCUGCUAAGAAUCAAGUUGCUAAUAAUCCCAUCAACACUGUUUACGAUGCAAAGAGGUUGAUAGGUCGCAAAUUCAGUGAUCCAACGGUUCAGAGUGACCUGAAUUAUUGGCCGUUUAAGGUCGUUCCUGGCGCUGAUGACGACAAGCCUAUGAUCUCGGUAACCUACAGAGGGGAGGAGAAACAGUUUUCUGCUGAGGAGAUCUCCUCAAUGGUGCUUACCAAGAUGAAGGACAUCGCUGAGGCAUAUCUUGGAUCAUCUGUCUCGGAUGCUGUUGUCACCGUGCCUGCUUAUUUCAACGACUCUCAGCGUCAGGCCACCAAGGCUGCUGGAGCCAUUGCCGGUCUCAAUGUUAUGAGGAUCAUCAAUGAACCUACCGCUGCAGCCAUUGCUUACGGGCUGGAUAAAGGAGCUAAUAGCUCUGUUGCAAAGAAUGUGCUCUUUUUCGACCUUGGUGGUGGCACAUUUGAUGUUACAGUCGCCACAAUUGAGUCAAAUGUCAUUGAAGUGAAGGCUAUUACCGGCGAUACUCAUCUUGGAGGCCAGGACAUGGACAACAGGAUGGUGAAUUAUUUCAUGAAAGAGUUCAAAAUCAGGAAGGGUAAGGAUAUUAGCGGGAAUCCAAAAGCUGUUAGGAGAUUGAGGACCGCUUGUGAAAGGGCAAAGAGGGUACUUUCCUCCACAUUUGAAACCCCAAUCGAGAUUGAGUCGUUGUGUGAGGGGAUUGAUCUGUUUUUCACUGCUAGUCGUGCUAAAUUCGAAGACCUUAACAUGGAUUUAUUCGACAAGUGCAUGGAGCUGGUUGAGAAAUGUCUGAGCGAUGCGAAGAUGGAGAAGAGCAGCGUGAGUGAGGUGGUGCUUGUGGGCGGGUCGAGCAGGAUUCCCAAGGUGCAGCAGCUGUUGCAGGAGUUGUUAGGUGGGAAGGAGGUGCGUAAAACGAUUAAUCCAGACGAAGCUGUGGCGUAUGGUGCUGCAGUGCUAGCUGCCAAGUUGAGUAAUGAGGGGAAUGUGAAAGUGCAGAAUGUGGUUCUUUUGGAUGUUACUCCUCUGUCUCUUGGUGUUCUAACUAUUGGAGAUGUGAUGGAUGUAGUUAUUCCGAGAAAUACAUGUAUCCCGAUAAGGCGGGAAAAGGGUUUUACCACGGCACGUGACAAUCAGACGAUAGUGAGGUUUGAGGUCUAUGAGGGCGAAAGAAGCAAGGCAACAGACAACAAUCUGCUAGGCGAAUUCAUACUGCAAGGCAUUCCCAAGGCACCCAAAUGUGUUCCUAAUAUCAAAGUGUGGUUCGACAUCGAUGAGAAUGGUAUCAUGAAUGUGUCAGCGGAGGACACAGGGAGUGGAGUGAAGAACGGCAUCACUAUCACCAACCACAAGGGCAGGCUGUGUAGGGAAGAAAUCGAGAGGAUGGUUGGGGAUGCGGAGAAGUAUAGGUUGGAGGAUGAGAAACACAAGAAGAAGGUUGAGGCGCGGUAUGCUGUGGAGCACUACGCGUACAACAUGAGGAACGCUAUUAGAAGUGCAGCGAACCUCACAGCAGCAGACAAGGAGAGUAUGGAGGAUGCGUUCAAGUCUUUUGUACAGUGGUUGAUCUUCAACGAACAUGCGGAGGUUGAUGACUUUAAAGGCAAGAUGAAGGAGCUCCAGACUGUUUUCGAUCCCAUCAUCCUCAACAUGAAUCAAGAUGUGUGAUUUGUUGUUGAAAUUUAUGUUUUAGAUCCUUCAAAUACAAGUCGUGUUGAUUCCAAGACUAGACUGGUGUGGAAGUAUGAAAUUAAAGCAUUUUUAAGGGA